UGAUGAAGCGUCUGCCCGAAAUACUGGAAGGCAAAUUUAUUUUUAAAGAAUUGCCUGAUGGCAGUCUAGAUAAAGCAGUGGUUUGUUGCACAAUGUGCAAAAAAGAGUUUGCAUACCACCGAAGCAACUCAACCUUAAAGUACCAUCUGAGAGCAAAGCAUGGAGAAUCAGCUGGACCCAGAGGUAGCAGCCCCCGACCUGGGGCAAAGAAGAGAUGGCGGAUGCCCGAUUUCGAUGAAAUGACUGCCGAACUCGAUGAAAUGACUGUCUUCAGCAGUGAAAUGAGACCAAUGUCACCAGUCUCUCACUGUGAACCAAUCGACACCAGCCUUGUGGAAACAGACUCGUUGGUGAAUACCCACUCAGCCAUCAUGUGUGACACGAAGCGUUUCGCCGUGCCCAUCCUGGACCUGGAGAGCUUUCUGGCGGCCAAGGUGAAGCUGCGUCAGGAGGGCGCUCUGGACGGCACGCUCAAGGCCAACCUGGAGUAUGCCACCCGGCUGCUGGACACCUUGCCCGCCGCCAAGCGCAGGGACGUCUCCAUGCUGGUGGAGGGGGAGAGGCAGCUGGUUCGCUUCACUGCAGGCACCCCCAGCCUCCAGUACACCGUGCGGCAUGGUGGCGGGGCUCUGGGCUCUCCGGAGCUCCUGCAGCGCGUUGAGACGGGCGCCAGGCUCACCCUCGCCAGCAUCGCCAAGGCACACUUCGCCGGGCACCGCUGCCGUGACGACUUCGAGAGCUGCAUGGAGCGGGCCCAGCAGGUGGUGGCUGCGACAGGGGCGGGUGCGGGUGUGGGCGCCAGUGCCGCCAGCGAAGCCGGACUGGCCAACGUGGAGCUGAAGAUCGCCUGCGGGGAGCUGCAGCUGACCUACAGCACCACACACCCGCAGGCCACCAUCGAGAUCCGGCCCCAGCGCCGGGUGAACCUCGGCCGGGCGCUGACCCUGGAGAAGGUGGUGGAGGUGAAGAGCGGCCUGGAGCGAUCGGGCGCCAUGAGCAGAGGCCUGCAGGCCUGCUUCCAGCACCUGCUGGCCAACCACAGCCAGUACCAGGGCGAGAACAAGCGCGUGGUGCUGCAGAGCAACGGGGAGGUGGUGGAGAUGAUCAGCGGCAGGCACGACUACCACAAUGCCCAGCACUACAUCGUCACCGGCCUGGACGACCAGGUGCAGAGCCACACCGUCCAGGAUAUUGACCUGUGGGAGGACGAAUAAUGAAGUAAAGCAUAUGUCUUAGCCUGGACGACCAAGUGCAGAGCCACACCGUCCAGGAUAUUGACCUGUGGGAAGACGAAUAAUGGAGGACUCUUUCUGCUUUUCUCAGUCAUCAUUCAGGGUUGGGCUGGGACCAAUGAAAUAACACACCCAGGCAUUUUUUGGCUUCAGCUGGCAUUAAAGGUCACACAUACAGGUAAUUUUCCUUCUGUAUCCUGUUUGCUUCAGUCCACUGUCUAUGUUGAAGAUGGACCAAUGGGCUGCCCACUCUGAACUGUGGGCUAAUCCCUAAGAAAAAAACAGUAUCCCUGAGGACUGUUGGCCCACUGAGAAAAUGCCCUGUAUGCCAGAUUACCAGUCCAGCCCUGUCAAUCACUAAAUAAUAAGGAUUCAUAUGCAUGUGAUUACACUUCGGGGUUGUUGAUACUGUAAAGGCAUCCUUGGUUUUGCUCUGGCAGUUGCCAUUCCAUCAUUGCCGUUCAUGUGAAGGUCAAUCAAGACAAGAGUUUGGGGUUGUGCCAUUCACAGAUUUUUAGGUAAUCAGACUUGUGCUGUACAAUACUGCUUAUUGGAACAAUGACUGCAUUGCACCAUGCACAAUUCCACAUGCAUGAAUGUUGACGAGGCACAAGGACAGGAUUUCUGGUAUGAAUGGAAAAUGAAUUAUGUAUGUUUAUAGACAAUAAGCAGAAUGUGGAGGCAUAUUUGUGAGUUAAACCAUAUAUACAGUGUAUUUAACCUGAACUUGAACCAACUCUGAGUUAUAUUUUUGGUGGGAGUUUGCAGUAGACAUUACUGCUCUAGAGCUCUACUGAUGUUUCAGUCAGGGAGGCCUAAUUGGUCUCCUUAAGUAGUUUUUUCUUUCUUUUUUUGAGAAACUAUUAGUUCAUGAAUGUAUCUAUUAGAUAUUAGAUAUAUAACUCGAUGACAAUGUUAAAUCAUGUCCUUCCAGGUCAUUCCAGGUCCCUCAAUGAGAUGGUUCAUUAGUUGUGCUAAGUUAUGUGGUGUUUUUUUGUUUGUUUGUUUUUUUGUUUGUUUUGUCUGGGCGGCCUGCGAUAUAGCAUCCACCUCCUUCUUUUUUCAUAUGCUUUACUUCUCUGCAUUCAGAAAGCUUCACAGGUGGUGAAGGUUGGUUGCGCUCCAUUUUGGCCCACUCAACAAUUGAUACACUUCAGCUACUGUAUUUCACAUCGACAUCCUCCGUACCACAUGGCCUACGCUGCUCCUCCAUAAGAUCCUAAUUUACAUGGACUAUCAUGCUAUAAUGUGUAAAGUGUCUUUUAUCUUUUAGCUUUCAGUAAGUGAGUUAUAAGUUUUGCAUUUUCCACUUUAGUUAGUUUAACUUUUUUGUAAGUUUUAGUUACAAUUUUAUUAGUUUUAGUAUUAAUUUCAUUUUUUUUAUACUUGGAUUAUUUGUUUAGUGCAGGAUUCAAAUGACCAGUAAAUUGGGUGUUAAAAAUUGAAUCAUUUUGAAAUUCACAAAAUACACAAAACUUCCAAAUAACCAGGUUGAGUGUUAACCUCUCCUUUUUUAAAGAUGUGUUUUGGUCUAUUCGAUGAUGAAUGUGACUGUUAAAAGUAAAGAACUGUAAGGUUGUUUGAGAACCUCACUACUUUGACCCCAAUAUGUGACUGGCUUGAGACCUUUUUAUGUGCCUGCAUCUUCUUAUAAGCUACAAAUGUGCAUUUGUCUUUUUGUUGUAUGUGUACGACAUUUAACUGUGCAGAUCAAUUUCAUUUCAUUAAAUAAAAAAAUAACUUUGUGGCAAGCGA